UAACAUCAAAAAUUGUUGAUAAUAUUUUUAUAAUAAAAAGAUUCUUAACAUGAAAAACUUAUGUUAAGAAAUUAAAAUAUUUAGCGAUGGAUGCUUCUUGCGAUAUUAAAUGUUUUCCUCAAUCCGAAUUACAGCUUGAAUUGAGUCAUGCUAGCGAAAAUGAAACCAAGAACAAGACUAUUGUGGUCGAACUUUCUGAAAAUCAUUAUGGUGGGUAUGACGAAAAUUUUGUAAAUCCUCUUCCUAGUGAUCUUAAAUGUCCCGUUUGUUUCUUGGCAUUACGUCAACCAAUUCAAACCGAAGAGUGUGGUCAUCGUUUUUGUGAAUCGUGUAUCAAAAAUAUUAAAAGAAUCGAAGGACAACUAUUAUGCUCUCUUGACAGACAGAUGAUUGACUUAAAUACGGUAUUUCUAGAUAAAGCAGCAAAACGAGCUAUACUGUCGUUGCCUAUACGCUGUCGAUAUCAUGAACGCAACUGUGAGUGGAUUGGGGAUAUAAGUACGAUUGAUGACCAUCUUAAAGAAUGUGGUUUUGUUGAUGUUUCGUGUCCUAACAGUCAAUGUCAGGUUUUAAUAACACGAAACAAUUUGUUGGACCAUCUUGAUUUAUUUUGUGAGUUUCGCAUUAUUGAUUGCCAAUAUUGCACCGAAAAAUACAUUUUCAAUGACAAAUGGACCCAUUUAAACAUUUGUCCAAUGCAGCCUUUGGAGUGCAUCAACGAAUGUGGAGAGAAAGGCAUUUUACGGAUGAUGAUAGCAAGUUUUACUUUUUAUAUACAGAUGCCUAAACAUGUCGAAAACGAAUGCCCAGUUAAUGUUCAAUAUUGUGAAUAUGCUAAAAUCAAAUGCGAUUUUAAGGGAACCCAAAGUCAAAGAGAUGCUCAUGUUAUUUCUUCAGCAAACCUUCAUCUUACAUUGUCAAUUGAAAAAAUUACAAAACUUGAAAACAAAUUUAGUUACCAGGUAGAACAAGCGACAAACCUGGCCAUAAAAUAUGAUGCAUUAAAAAAAAAAGAGGAUUUACUGGAGGCUUUAAUUCGAACUGUUGAGAGACAAAUUAGUAGUUUAGAAAACAAACUUGUUAACAUUGACACAAAAAGUUGUUUGUUCGAAUCCCGUUUACCAAAAAACGAGUAUUUAUGGUGUUUGGACAGUAUAGAUUUUCUGAUAAAUAAAGAGAAAAAACCAAUGAAAGAUCUAAACAUUUGCAGCACCCCGUUCUAUUCAGCUCCGUUUGGAUAUAAACUUUCUAUGCAAAUCUAUUUGAACGGAUUAGGCAAAUACAGAGGAACAAAUAUUUUAUUGUUUCUUAAUAUUAUAAAAGGUGAGUACGAUAGUUUAUUGGAAUGGCCAUUUACAAAAAUGGUCAAACUUUCUCUACUUGAUCAAAGCGAAGCAAGAGACCAUAAGGUAUUUGUAAUUGAUCCAAAAAUAAAUGAAAACUUUAAUAAAGCGAAUUCGUAUAUAAAAAGAGUUGGGGUUACAAUACCUCUAAAACUAUUAACUUGCCCUGGUUAUUUAAUUGAGAAUAAAAUAAUAAUUAAGUGUGAAGUGGAAUCAUAAAAUAUCGAAACAAUAUAUCGUGGAUCAUUAAAAUAUAAAGUAUGAACAAAUUAAAAGAAAGAAAUAAUCGUAUUUUCAUGCACUGUAUAAAAUAUCAUAUAAAAAAACAUAUAUAUUCAAAUGCAAUACCAUAUUUACAAAGUUUCCUCACAAAUACUUUCGUAUUUACAAACAUUACUUAUGCAAACUACAUCGAUUUUUAAUUUAACAAAACGUAUUUUACAGCAAUGUGUGUAUAUAUAUAUUAGGGUGGAGUGAAAAAAAAUUUUUGUUGAGUACCUUGGUUGGAUAGCUAUAAAAAUUUGCUGACAUAUGCAAUUAGUAAUGUGGCAAACUAUCAAACAAUUUAAAGCAUAUCUUGAGGUUCCACAAUUGACCUGAAUUAUAGGCAUAUUUCAAAUAAAAAACAAUAUUUUUUGAAAUUUCAAGUUUAUAUAUGACAACAUAUUUGUGUAGCAGUAUACAUUUUUAACAGUCUAUACGAAAGUUACAAGUAAAUAGAACUAAAUAUUUGAAAAGAAAAACACAUGAAAACUCUAGUCAAACAUGUUUUUAUAGCUACAAAUGAUGUUGUGCUUUAGUGUCCAGUUUCGGCAUUUUUGAUCUCGAUUCCAAACGUGCUCUUAUGACUCCGUCGCGUUUUUCUGGACCGCAAACCGCUUGGGAAGCUUCUGUAACUAGCUUAAUAUGCCUCUCCACCGACUGAGUGUGACAAGGAUAGCGUGCGAAAUCCAGUCUUGGUGUAUCUUCUUCCCAGAUCAUGGUUAAAAAAGUAUUGUCAUCAAUGUCCAUUACGAUUGGAGGCUCUGUGAUUGGAGUUUUUUGCCAAUCGAUCAUGUCUAUGUAACUGGUAGCUUCAAAAAUGAUUACUGGCACACAGAAAGAUCUAACUGAACUCGUGCGCUUCUGCUUCCUGGAUUUCAUUAUACGUCUCAGAGCCAACUCGCGUAUUUCUGAUUUUUCGUCGGUAAGCAUCGCAAGCAACAGGUUUUCUGGAUGAGUAAAAAAUGCGUUGCGUUGAAUUACUGGAUCAACAACUUUCUUCAGCUCGUCUGUGAGGUAGCGUGAUUUCAGUAUUGUAUUAUGGACAUGUCGAGCGCCAUCUUUACAUGAAGAAGUAUUUUUUAUUUCAAACCAUGCUGGUGCAUAAACUGUUACGAUGAAGGUAACCAUUGUCUUUAGUUCAUCCGAUGGGCAUCUUGUGGCUAUAUACAGGUGUAGUAUUCGAUUAGCCGUUGUUAACCAUCUUGAAUGAUUGAUAACACCAGGAUUGUGAAGUGAAAGGCCUACAGGACAAACGCCAACACUGACAGCGGUGCACAAGUCAAACAGAUAUUUUUGAUCUGUACUUAAAUCGUCAGAAAUUAAACCUGUCGGUAGAACACAGUUUAUGGGUGUGUAUUUGACAACGGGAAGCUUCUCACAUGCCACCAAUGAUUUUCCGAUUGGACCAGAAAAUUCUUUUGGACCAUUGGUAGGUCCAUCUAGAUGUUCGAACAAAUGCCUUAACGGUAAUUCGUUAGCAUGCAGCUGACAUACAAACCAUUGCAGCGGUUUCUUCAACGCCACUUCAAGUAAUCGAAUGAUACCUCCUCGAUUGCCUGUAUUAGCAACGGUUCCGUCACAACCUACAACUUUUAUACCACCCAGGUCAACAUUCUUUUUACUCAAAUAUGCAAUCAACUCACCCGCAAUAACUUUGCUUGACCCUGCAAUUGGUGUAAUGUGGCCAAAAUAGAUGGAUCUUGGUUCGGAUAUAAUGGAUAUAUGUUCUCCAGUUGUUAGUUUUCAAUGAAAUUUCCCAUCACAUUCUUUAAUAAGGGUUAUUGCACUGUCUUUUCUUCCAUCAAAAUAUAGCCCAGUGAUUGUGUUACUGACAUUGGCACAUAAUGUUCCACGUUUUUUACAACGCUCUCGUCGCACUUUACUUCUGUCAAUCACUUUAGAAACAUCCCUUUUGUGGAUUAUUCCAACAUCUUGAAGAACAGCACUGGCGAUUCCUGCUGCGGCCCUGUCGGAUACACCAUGUCAAUCACAUGCUAACGCCAGAGAUGGUAACUUAACUCUCAUCUGCUUGUCACUCAACUUUCUAAAUUGUUCAUUAGCAUCCGGCAUACAAUCGUCAUCAGAUUCGUCAUCGCUAGCAUCAGUUUUCUCUUCCGUAGAAGAAAACUCCUCACAAACAUCUGACUGUUUCUCACUGAUGUCAUCAAUGUCAGAUUCGCUGCACAUCUGCCUCUGCGUCAACUCUUUACGAAUAUAUCGUUUUUGCAAUUUGAUGGAUUCGGCCUCAUCAACUUUAGCAAUGAUCAUACCUCGUGGACCCCGCUGAUCUUCUAGAAAAUCACGUUCAAUUGCGGGUACCUUUCUUGACUUUUCACACUGACACUGAGAUAUGAAAGAACACUUGCAGGAGCAAAUGUCAAAGAAUUUUUUGGAUUCAUUUUUAAACUGAGAUAUUUUCUCUCGGUAUGGUCCGGAGUCUUUUCUAGACUUAUAUGGCUUCAGCAAAUUCCUGAACGUCUUGUAGUACUUGUUCAACAAUUCUUGGACACGGCGGUGGCUUACAUGUGGUAUAGAAGCUUUGUCCCAUAUUUGUUCCACUUUUGUUGUCACUAUUUCUGCCACAUUGUGAUGUGGUGGAUCUUUAUUGCUCAAUUCAUAUUUAAGUUUCUGUUUUGUCAGAUUGUAAAACUACAUAACAUCUGCAUAAGUAGGUAGUUGAUUGUCAGGCAUUUCAGAGGGAGCAUCAAGAAUGACACAAGAUACUUUUUUCCUGGUUACAGCCAUUAAAUAUGAAUUGUUAUUAUAAAUGAAUUAAAGCAUUAUCUUAUAUGAAUAAAAUGUUUUGCAAUAAACGCUGUUUGUUUACUCUGGACAGGAAAAACGCACGUGAAUACGUAUAAAAGUGAACUACAACAAAAAAAUACCGGAUAGUAAAUGCUUAUAAAUGGUUAAAUUUUGAAGUUGGUUGUGGAACCUCAAGACGUUACCUAAAUUAUUUUUUUUUUUUACGGAGUAAUUGAUUGUAUCACAGAGCAAGUUUUAAUAACUAUCCAAAGUCAAGCAAA